AUGGCCUUUAAUAUCCCCCAUGUUAUCCUGCCAUCUAUGAAGAGUCUGGGAAACUCAGAGCUGCAGCAGCUUUCAAGUGCCCCUAGACACAUGCAGUUUGGCUUCCUUUCGGAGCAGGACUGUUGUUGUCACCAUGAGACUUUCAUGGAUCUCAAUAGUGCCAGCACUAUUGUUCUGCGAGUCUUGACCCAAGCUACUAGUCAAGAUACAGCCGUGCUGAAACCAGCUGAAGAACAACUAAAGCAGUGGGAGACACAGCCAGGUUUUUAUUCAGUCUUGUUGAAUAUCUUUACAAACCAUACCCUGGAUGUGAAUGUGAGAUGGUUGGCAGUGCUGUACUUCAAGAAUGGAAUUGAUCGGUAUUGGAGACGGGUGGCACCACACGCCCUUUCUGAAGAAGAAAAAUCUUCAUUGCGUGCCGGACUUAUUACUAACUUUAAUGAGCCAGUGAAUCAGAUAGCAACUCAGAUCUCUGUGCUGAUUGCUAAAGUUGCUAGGGUGGACUGCCCAAGGCAGUGGCCAGAACUUAUUCCCACUCUUCUGGAAUCUGUGAAAGUCCAAGAUGACCUUCGACAACACAGAGCAUUACUUACCUUCUAUCAUGUUACAAAGACCCUGGCAUCUAAGCGACUUGCUGCAGAUAGGAAACUCUUUCAUGAUCUUGCGUCUGGUAUUUACAGUUUU